UCAACUUGGAGGCAGGGUCAAGAGUGGGGGAAGAGCAGGGAGGUGAGGGGGCGCAGGGCAGGGUGUUGCGGGCUGCGAUUGAGUCUCCCGAUCCAGAUACAGCACGUCCCGCACCUUGCUCGGCAACUCAGGGCUGCACCGAGAGAGAGAAAAGGUAGACGAACAUAUGUGUGUUCGAAAUAUAUAUCGAUCUGCCUGCUGUUGUCGGCUGCUGCUCACCUGGUGUUAUAUGCCCACGACACCAGAUACACCGGCUUGCGAUCGAUGCAGCUCUUGAGGAUAUCCAAAACAAUCUCAAAGUCACCAUCACCCGCCACCAAGACAAGGGCAUCCACGUCUCGGUCCAUCUCUCGCGUGUGUAGCUCAAGGGCAAUCUUGAUGUCUCCGCCUCGCUGCUUCCCCGAAGGUUUCAACCUGCGGAAAUGCGACCACAAAAAAGCCAUUGGGACUUGUUGUGUGUACAUAUGCACGUGUAUUCUCUGUUCGCCAUCGCUCACACUGACUUCGUUUCGAAGACGUCAUAGCGUUUUCUGGACUUCAGAGCCCUGUGAAAAUGCCGCAGCUGCUCCUUGGCAUGAGUAGCAUUGCUGAGCUCGUUCGGAUCGGUGCUCACGUACAGGGAGUGAAAAGGACUUACAUGCAAGCCCCACUUGGUCUCAAUCUUCCUGACAAGGACUUCGAAGUCUUCCACUUGAGGGGCUUUCCCGUAAGACUGCUCGAAUGUGCGAUACCAGUAACCGCCAUCCACAACAAGCGAUGCCAGCGAUGCGUUGGGAAGGAACGAGCUGUGGGGCCUGAUGGCGUUGGGUGUGUUGGGCACGCUCUGUGCGUGCGGUAAAUAAGGCGACUGACUGCACACCCAACACCAGCAAAGAGAGGAAUCGAUUGAACGGUAGCUGUGUGAAUGUGUGCGUACCUGGCCAGAUGGCUGUUCGGCGGAAAGUAGUCGCCUGGUGUACUCGCAGCCGGCGAAAAGGGACCAGUCAAAUGACGAGUUCUGCACGCAGACGCGAACAAAUAGCAUUCAUCUGCGGACGACUGCACCGACCCGUAGUACGGUCAUACGUACUUGCUGGGCGUAGGAUGCUGCGCGAAGACAUGAGGGCUUGUCAUGCCGUUGCUUGGUGGAACAAGGGUCGUGUUAAGCCUGAAAGAGCGACGUAUGCAUCAUCCGUGGACACGGCGCACUGUCUCGUGGCCCUUACCUGUCAAGUCGGAGCUGCGCAGGACGGCUGAUCUCCCUGCAUUUCAAGGUCACACCUAAUGUGUCUUGAUCUAUCUAUCAUACACAUGCAAACUCACCUUCCUGGGAGAGGGGGCACCACACUUUGAUCCGACGCCUGUGACUCGUGUGCAUUGUGUUCGUUUAUCUUGCGUUUAUCUAGUGCUUACGAGAUGCUAAACCACGGUCCACAGGCCUACACACACACACUCACACACACACACAUCACACACAAAUACUCUCUGAGUUUGCUGUCUCUCAAUUGUGUAUUGCUAGUCACAAGCAUUGAAUGGACCUCGGCUCCCGCCGAACAAAGUGCACACAUACGGAAUGGAUGGCUGGGCCAUUGAUGCGAUUUGUUAAUCGUGGCGCUGGGAGCCUGGACGGGCGACAGACACCGGCAGCGUCCAGCCAAUCUGCACACAGACAGAGAGACAGAGAGACAGAGAGACAGACAGACAGACAGAGGGAAGGGUGGGCGUAUGUGCGUGGAUGCCCCACCCACACAUCCGUGCAGGUACCCGCGCCCGGCAACGUCUUCUGUUCGGUGUGCGAUGCAGUGAGCACAAUCGCCAUCAGACAUAAAAUGUAGGCAGCAAUCUUCUGUCUGUCUGUCUGUCGGGCCCCUCGCACCACCUGCACCAUAGACAAAAGACACAUCACACAACAAUAGCAUAUGUGUUAUUGGCUGACUCACUCACUUGCUGUUCGAUGGUGGGGAUGCGGUCCGGCCGGCGAUCCGGGGGUGGGGAUGCGAUUACCCUUCCACGUGUGACACUCUUUGAAGUAAUCCAGAUCCGCCUGAUCGAUGACGGACGAGGAAGGGAAGAGCGCCGAGACCACAAGGGGGGAAGGUGGAACCAUACAUCCGAAAACACACCACAGCACAGCAGCAGAGGGGAAAAAGUGCAGUGAGUACACACCACAUCCGGCGCAGCUUCACGACGGACCUGCACCCAUCACACAACGGACAGAGAUCACACGGAUGAGAUGUGACAUCCCCGUCUGUGUGUGUGUGCAUGUGUGUGUGUGUGAUGGACAUACUUGAAGUACAACUGCACGAGCUUCUCCCACUCCUCCUGAAGGACCGCCUUCAUCUGCGACACACACACACCAACCACAGCGCCACACAAUGACGAGUGAGCCCAGCAGCUGCGGCUGUCUGUCCUUCCUUCCAUCAUGUGUGUAUGUAAUGGGAUGGUUCGUGUGUAAAUAUACACGCACCGCAUCUCCUCUCCUACUCCGAUGUAAGAACGUGGUGUGUGUGUGUGCCGUACCUGGUCUUCAGUGCGGGGGCGAUCACCGCGCUGGUCGCACUUGAAGUAGUCGAAAUCCUCCUAAUCGAUGACGGACGAGGAUGGGGUAAGGAAGGUGGAAGCGUACAUGCGAAAACGCAGCACAGCUACCGUGCUACUGUUCUACGGCGGCCAUGACUAAUGCCUCCCUCCCAACCUCACUACCCGUCUCCCUGCCUGUCUGCCUGGCUGACCGCCCUCCGUCACUCACUCACCUCGUCCUGUGAGACGGGAUGGGGCUCCUUGAGGUCCUUGCGCAGCCGCUGCUCGAUACUACGGCGGUAGGCGGUGCCGGGAGCCAGGUAGGCCGGCGGGAUCUCUUCCGGCAGGUCGAGCGGCAGCAGACGGGCGAGCUGCAGCACCUCCGUCAUCCUGAUUGAUAGAUGCCAGCCAACGAUAUGCGCAGCCAGGAGGCAGAGAGGGAGGGGAGGAUAGUGUGUGUGUGAAAGGUAGGUGUCUGUGUCUGUGUCGACCGACCGUGUGGCUUGAGGUUUGGUUUCCUUGGGGUUGGCGACGAGGCAGUCGAUGGUGGGGAUGCCGUGAGGCUGCGUGCCGUCCCCCUGCACCGGGGCACGCAGGUCACGCGACACACAAGACAGCCAGACCUGUUGACAGCUCGACUGCGCUAUUCCUCGCCGGCUUGUUACUCACCUGUCGGCGUCUGUGUCGCCUGAUGGCCCGGUUCUCCACAGACUGAGUGAGACAGCCAGCCAGAGCCAGCAAUGAUCAACAAACACACCUUUGCGAAAGCCCCUUCAGCGUGUCUUACGCCUGGUGCAGCCGUGGUGAGAGGGCGCUGGCCGUGACAGAGGACAAUCUGAUGUAGGCACACACAACGCACAGUCGCAUCAGUCGGAUGGAUGGCUGGGUCGUUCGUUGCUUCUUAGAUUAUGUGACCGAGUCGUAGUGCAGGCCGCUGAGGUGUGAGAGCCGCAU